CGGCUGAGUCCUAAGUGUCUAUUUUAAACAAAGAAAACUUAAAAUAUAUGAAAUCAAAACAAUCUGGCAACGUCUCUAAUGCUUGUGUUAGGAUUUUGAUGAAGUGUGCAUGCAGAAAAUGCGGACAGAAAAUGGUAUACUAUGGUGCAUUCGUGCAGUUUUCGUCAUACAUUCAUUCCAAAUGUCGUCUUCUUCAUUGGGGAAUUCGGCAGCUUUUCAAAUCGAAAACCCAGCAAUACUGGAUUACGAGAAUAGGGCCAGUGACUGGCAUGAAGCAAGACACCUUCCGUUCAGGCCUAAUGAAUGGUUUAAGAUCUUCACAAGAAACAAAACAAUGGGGAACCGUACUGAUACGAAGGUGUCUGACAUGGUUUACUGUCAGCUAUGCGCAUGCUAUAACGCCAGUGAUGGGAUGCAUGUGGACUGUUCCUUCCGGGGAAUAUCAAGGGCUUUUAAUGGUAUUUCUAAAGACGCUGUUGAAGUGUCAUAUCGAGGUAAUAGUUUAGUCGACGUUAAGGACACAGACUUCACAGGACUUCAACAUCUUCAUCAGCUUGAUCUGUCUCAAAAUGUCAUAUUUAAUAUUGAGGAGGGUGCAUUUGAUGACCUGAAGAAUCUGGUUGUUCUCCUUUUAAACAAUAACGGCUUUGUGACAUUUACAGACCCUUUAGUUCCUGUGAACAGUUUUGCAUCUUUACAAAACCUGCGCUUGUUGACUUUACAUGGCAAUAUAGUUUAUCAUCUUCUUAACGUAUCCAGGAUAGAUAGCAAACUGUUCCGUUCUCUUUACCGCUUGGAAUACCUGACCAUAGAUGGCUUAAUGUACAUAGAAUUCGAUGAGAACUAUCGGCAUACAAAUAUGUCAACAUUGGUGAUGUCUUCAAUGAUCGGACAUUGUGGAAUAGUGUCGCUUUCGAAUAAGACUUUUCGAGGCCUUCCAAAACUAAGGCAACUUACAAUGACUGGAUGCGAAAUAUCACAGAUUACAGAAAAUAUCUUCUCAUCAGUGCCUUUGCUGGCAUAUUUAGAUAUUUCAAAUAACUUUAAGUUGGGUUUAUACAACGCUAUCGGCCCUUUGGCGAAGAGUUUAAAUCUUUUCAACAUUAAAACCCUGAAAAUGAAUUUUCUUUCUACUCCCGCUGACGUUGGCACAAAACUUACCAAAGAAAACCUGAAAUACGUUAAUGCGAUGUCACUAGUUCAUUUAGAAGUGGAUUCCAAUAAUAUAGAAAUAUUUGAAAAUAGCGCGUUGAAUAUGUCACGUGGUACACUAAGAACACUAUCAAUGCAAAACAACAAACUUUUAUUUUCGUUAUCUGUGGCAUCAAUCAUUUGGGAUAAUCCAAGUUUAGUUGAAGUUGACCUUCGCGACCAGUUCAAAUACAAGAUCCCCGCUACCAAUACCCUGUACACUAAACUUACGCCAUCACGUGACCAGUUCAAUAACAAGUUCCUAACUCUCGACGUCACCAAUACCUUGUACAAUAGACCUUUGUUAUCACGUGACCAGGAAUACGUGGUGAGUCUCAAAAAGUUCUCAUUCACAGGAAGUCGUUAUUUGUUCGAGCCCCUUGAUUUUUAUAACACGAGCAACUCCCUCUGGUAUAUGGAUAUUUCGGAAAAUCGCAUCGCCCGGCUGAAGAAGUAUCAUUUCGAAAACCUGAACCAUCUUACCUUAUUAAAUCUUUCAAAUAAUUAUAUAGAAAAGGUCGACUCAAACUCCUUUGAAGACUUGGUUGCAUUAAAGAAUUUAUCUCUUCAAAACAAUCUUCUUGGGUUCGAAAUGGGUUUCGGAAAUUUGGAUAAGAUAUUUAAACCGCUUCUCCGCCUUGAACACCUAAUUCUUGCCCGUAACAGAAUCUACGCAAUAAAAAAAGACAUGUUUUCCUCUUGCAAGCAGUUGCAAUUUCUAGAUUUGUCUGACAAUUACCUGAAUAAUCUUGACAUAGAUGUAAGCCAAUUACAAAAUCUGUAUUUAUUGAAUCUUCGAACAAACCGCAUUCAAAGUUUUCCUCUCGCAGUGCAAAAAGGGCUGGAAACAAUAACCAAUCACUCUUCGCUGACUGUAAACCUCAUGGACAACAAACUUGUGUGUAGUUGUGGAAAUCUAAACUUUCUCAAAUGGAUUCUGAGUUCAAACAUAACAUUCAUAAAAAGGGCAAGUUACAAAUGUACAUUUAUGAAUAGCACCAGCGUAUUUAUACGGUCAGAAAAUAUUUCCACCCUGGAAAUGGAAUGCCACCGAUACCUGACCGUGAUCAUGACGUGUACAGCAUUAGCCUCCCUCUUCCUGGCGACCAUUACAGCUGCUAUUGGAUACCGAUACCGUUGGCAUAUUCUUUACUGGUACUAUAUGGCGAAACUUAAAGACAGGACACAAGGUGAACAACAGAACAUAUACGAACGGCUUUUUGAAUGGGAUGCAUAUAUAUCGUAUGAUGAUGAAGACUUGCAUUUCGUUGCAGCGAAAAUGCAACCAGAACUUGAGGAACGCCUUCAUUAUAAGCUACACAUUCGAGAGAGGGACUUUGUCCUUGGUGAAACCAACUCCUUGAACAUACUCAAUGCAGUACAGCAAAGCAAACGAACACUUCUCAUCAUAAGCAGACACUUCUUGAAAAACAAGUGGUGCAAUUUCGAAAUAAACAUGGCCACGAUUGAAGGCAUUAAAAGUGAAAGGGGCGUGGUGAUACUUGUGUUCCUUGAGAAGAUACCGGCGGUGUUCAUGCCGAAAGAUCUUGCGGCGCUCCUCACACAGUGUCCCGUGGUUGAUUGGCCGCAGUGCGAGGACGUGGCAGAAGCUUUCUGGACCAAGCUGGUCAAUAACAUUGACGAUUACAAUGACAUUAGCGAAAACUGACCAUAUGAAUGGUUAAUUGAUUGUGUUCAUGAUGAUACACGCUUUUUUUAUGUCAUUGAUUGUAUAGCUAUAUGUUUUCUUUGCUUUGAGUUCCAUCUUUUGGUAUAUAUUGUAGCUUCCUUUAAUAGUAUAAUAUAUUAAUUAUCUAAAUAGUGUGCCCGUAAUAAGAAUGUUUUGAAACAGUAAACAUUUUGAAUGCGAAGUUGUUUUCGCGGGAAAGAGUCUGGUCAUAGAACCAAUACUUAUACAUGACAAGGAAAGUUUGCUAUCUUUAUUUCUGCAAAAAUGCUGAGAUUUUCUGUUUCAAAUAAUUUCAAAAAAUAAAAAUUAAAACAGUU